CUGCUGUACCACAGUCAACACACGCCACCUGCGCCCCCGCUUCGCCGCGCAGCGCACACCAAUCUGCCCACGCGCCGCCCGGCCUCUCCUCUUUCUUCCUACGCGCGCCGAGAGAAGAUGGGGAAGCGAUGGAUCCCGCUCGAGGCCAACCCCGACGUCAUGAACCAGUUCAUCUGGGGACUGGGAGUCACCGAGGGGGAGGCGCAGUUCUGCGACGUCUACGGCCUCGACGACGAGCUGCUCGCCAUGGUGCCCCAGCCCGUCCUCGCCGUCAUCUUCCUCUACCCGCUCACCUCCCUGGAUGAGAAGGUGGAGGAAUACGAUGCUUCUGCCACCUCGACGGCAGGGGGCAAGGAUUCAAGCAAGAAGGUGUACUUUACAAAACAGACUGUUGGCAACGCUUGUGGAACAGUUGGUGUUAUUCAUGCAAUAGGGAAUGCUGCAUCCGACAUCAAGCUGGUUGAGGGAUCUUAUUUUGAUAGGUUUUAUAAACAAACAGCUGACAUGGAUCCAGUUCAGCGUGCUGUCUUUCUCGAGGAGGAUGAUGAGAUGGAGGGUGCUCAUGCUGUUGCUGCUACUGCUGGUGACACUGACGUAAACGUUGAGGUGAAUGAACAUUUUGUCUGUUUCUCCUGUGUUGAUGGUGAACUUUAUGAGCUUGAUGGACGAAAAUCAAAACCGAUAUCUCAUGGCCCUUCGUCACCUGAGACCUUGCUGCAGGAUGCUGCAAAAGUCAUCAAGGCCAGAAUUGCGACGAACCCUAACUCGUUGAACUUCAACGUCAUGGUUCUUUCAAAACAGUGAAUCGGUGAUGUAAGGUGGAAUGGAUAGGCUUGGUCUUUUCCAUUCUCAUGGGCUGGUGCCUGAUAGUCAGCAUAGCCCGUCGGAAAAACAGAGACUUGUUGCCUAAAAGUAAACUGUGCUCUUUGUGCAGAAGUUAUGUCUUUGUCUUCUGGCUUUUGUAUCAGAAAUAAAAAAGGAGUAUUAGUUGCUGGAUUGAAAAAUGUCUACUAUAUACUUUUGGUGCC